UCGGAACACGUGAUCACCAACCAUGCGCAGAGGAGAGGUCGGAGCAGCUUUGACAGGGAGGGGAGCAGGGGAGCUCCUGAGCCCCUGCCGCUGCGACGGCUCUGUACGCUGCACACACCAGCCCUGCCUCAUCCGUUGGAUCAGCGAGAGGGGCUCCUGGAGCUGUGAACUCUGCUACUUCAAAUACCAGGUCCUGGCGAUCAGCACCAAGAACCCGCUGCAGUGGCAGGCCAUCUCCCUGACAGUCAUUGAGAAGGUACAGAUUGCAGCCAUAGUUCUGGGCUCACUCUUCCUCGUGGCCAGUAUCUCCUGGCUCAUCUGGUCCUCACUCAGCCCUUCAGCUAAGUGGCAACGGCAGGAUCUGCUCUUUCAAAUCUGCUACGGCAUGUAUGGCUUCAUGGAUGUUGUCUGCAUAGGCCUCAUCGUCCAUGAAGGCUCGUCUGUCUACCGAAUCUUCAAGCGCUGGCAAGCAGUGAACCAGCAGUGGAAGGUCCUGAAUUAUGAUAAGACCAAGGACAUAGCAGGAGAUGCAGGGGGAGGGACGGCAGGGAAGCCAGGCCCUAGGACCUCACGGACGGGCCCUCCUGCAGGGGCCACCAGCCGUCCCCCAGCUGCCCAGCGCAUGCGGACGCUCUUGCCUCAGCGCUGUGGUUACACAAUCCUGCACCUCCUUGGACAGCUGCGGCCACCAGAUGCCCGUUCCAGUUCCCAUUCUGGCCGAGAGGUUGUCAUGCGUGUUACCACGGUCUGACCUGGACUCCAGGAGCAGGGAUCUUAAGUCAGUGCAUCAGCCAGGGAUGAGCUCUCAUAGCUGCUGGAGAUGCCACCUGGACAAGGUGGGGCAUGGUGCUCUCACCACUGAGGAUCUCUUUGGGCGCCCUCAAGCUGGAGACAUUAUCUGGCCUCUGCUGUCCACGGGGUAGAGACACCUGGAUAACAUUCCAGCCCCCACUGACAGCUCCUCAUACUCAUCUUGAGGUGGCCACUGAGCAGGAGGGGAGAGCAGCUUUUCUUCCCUGGAAAGAACCGUCUUUACCUCAGCUCCUAGGGCCUCCAGCCCCCAGGCUCCACCAUGGUGACUUGGUGAUGGGGGACCAAUGCCAGAAGAAAGGGGCUGUAGACCCCUAUCCCCCACCCCAUGGCCACAGGGCAUCUGGCAAUAAGACUAGUAUACAUUGACCUCCCAUUCCCUGCAUGAGGGCCGGGGACUUCCCCCUGCCCCACCCCCCCAUUGCAUGGGGGAAGGGCAUAAAGAAUCAUUUAUAUGCACGAGGAGCCUCCUUUCUCAUCUGGGCUUUUCUGGAGGGUUAGGAGUUGUGGGGAGGUUUCUCUGCACAGGUUGCAAGUUCCAAAUGCAGCAGUGGGUUCUGAGUUGGAGGUGUGACUCCCACUUGCUAGUGAAUAAUUCACAUUGGCUGCUAGGUGGAAGUGCUCAAAGGUAUCUGAGGAGGGGUGGAUCUGUCACCUGUGAGUUACAUGAUUUAGAAAAACUCAGCUGUGGUUUUCCUGUCUACCUCAUAAGAGUUGGAAUGAGGAUAAAUGAGAGACAGGUUGGGUGCCAUUGCAAAGAAAAUAAUGGUAUAACAGAUUUCUACACUAGUUGAUGCUUUAUUUCAAAUAGUAGCUGAUAUAACAAAUUCUAAAAUGUGUUUUUCAUUAGGAGUUGCACAGAACAUUGGAAUUUUGCGUUGAGUGACAUAUGGAUAUGGAAAUAGGAAAAAUAGUACAAAUGUUAAGGAUGGUAAUUUUUUGUAAGAAGGAGAACUCCUCUGACCCUUUAAAUGUUGAGGGCUAGGGGAAGGUUGGAGCCCACUCUCUUGUUCUUGAGAUCAUCUUGAGUUCUAGCAAUCCUUCCCAGAUACUUUGCUUUUCCAGAAAGUGGUAUGAAGUAAAUACAGACUCAUUUGGAGUGAGUUGGAGGGAAGCCUACCAAUGUUAUGUGUGUCUCACCCCCAUUUAAGCUAUUUCUAUGACAGUUCAAGUUACAGGGUUGGUCCGGGUAUUCCCAGCUAGUAGUAAUAAGUAAAGGUGUUGUACUUGGAGGCAGCAGUAUAGAGGGGGCUAUUUAUAGAGAAAAGCUUGGGAAGGAUUGGUUGAAACGUGGCACAGAGGGCUGGAGAUGGAGCUGAGUGGUAGAGCGCUUGCCUAGCAUGCACAAGGCCUUGGGUUUGAUCCCUAGCACUGAGGAACAAAAAGUGGGUCAGUCUGAAGCCUGGUCCCUUUCUUGUGAAGCGUGGGGGCUGUGUAUUAUAUGAAUGACAGUGUCUUUUAAGUGAACCAUUCAUCAGCAAUUAAAAUAAUUCCUUCAUACAUUGCUAAAAGCAGACCCAGAGGCCUUUCUUAUUAUUGAUCCUUCUCUGAGGAAAGUUUCUGCUCUAUCUGUUCCCUUGGGAUGUUUUGGAGACAAUGCUGCUUUUCUGAAUGCCCACACAUAGCUUUCUUGUAUAAUCAACCUUAAUCUUCUCACCAGAGAAGGGGGCUUGGCUGCUGUUCAUCAUGCUGGCAUCCAGACUCCCUUGGGAGUGUAGGAACCAAAGCCGGGUUGGGGUCUG